AUGGUUAAUGCGAAAAACUACGCCUUCAAAGUCCAUCCGCAGCAGCCCAACUGCCAGGCUUCGACACAGGCACAUGGCGCCAUAAUCAACUGUCGCAAGCCCGGCGCGAAGCGGAUAGCGAGGGAUGCGAAAGAUGUGCUCUCUCAACAGGUGUCUUUUGUCGAUGUGGAUGGCGCCCUGAAACGCAAGCGCGCCCUUGGAGAUGUUAGUGAACACGAUGCAUCGAGUAGUAGGACCACACCGCAACCCGACGGCUCAACGUCCGGAAGUUCAACAACGGCGACCCUUCCUGAGCGGUCUAUCAGUCACCAGCGCCCGUCAACAAUAAAACUGCAUAAAAUCAAGAAGCCCAAGCUUCCCUCCAAGGGCGUUGAUCUAGACUGCUGGUUCACCAUUCUAUCGUUUUCCGACCCUGCGCAACUCCUGGAAAUGCGCAGAACUAUUCCUUCCUGCUAUCACUUUUUGCGAGACAACCCGGCGCUAUGGAAGCACAGCAGAAAUUACCAUUACGGCGACGACCUCCCGGAGCCAUCUUCUGAGCUCACCGAGUUUCAAUAUGCAGAUCUGCGCCACGACCACGGCUGUCAAUCGUGUAAAACCCCGAAUACCCGCAAAACCUACUGGGCUUUUCUCCGUCGCUGGUGUAAAGAAUGUCUGAAAAAGAAGCACUGCCGCGAACCCGAAGCUGUUGCCAUGCUGCGUAGUGCACUUAACGAAGAUCUCUCAUUUCUCCACAGUUGUCUCCCCGCCGGCAUUCUGGACUCUUGGGGAAAUUUUGUUGGUGUUGGGCCCGCCACUACUCAUGCCUUGAAGACGGUCUAUCUUAGAGCGGAUGUGAACAAGCUUGUUGCUGAAUAUAAUACCCUGAGAGCCCAAAAUAAGGACCCUGCAGCUUGGGGCGCGGAGCUGAACGCAUGGUAUGAACCUAAGGUGAGGGUUGUAGAAGAACGCAGGUUAUUCGCAAAAGAGAUGGAGGGCUGGGAAGAGCUGAUGCGCGGUGCAAGGAGCCAGGACUACACUCUCAAGAAGGCAGCGCGCAAAACAUACUACCAGGCAAAAGCGUCUGAGCUCGAGCCCGCUAUCAGCGCCCGCGAGCUAGAGUGCUGUCCGUCGUAUCGUCGCGCUAUCCGUAUUCCCAAGGAUCCGAAUAGCACAUCUUGGUUACAGCUCAAGCCAAAGCUCGAGAAAGAAGCUGCCGAACUCAAAGCCAAGGGCGGUCUGCAAGAAGAGCGUCCCGCUGCCCGCCACCUCAGAUACCGCAGCCACUACCGCGGCAACAUCAACAACAUCAACAUCAACAUCAACAUCAACAUCAACAUCAACACCAACACCAACACCAACACCAACUACAGCAGCAGCAUCAACAACAACAACAACAACAAUCAUUACCUUCGCUUAGUCGCGCCACGGGCUAUCCGCCAGGUCAAGGUCUCCCACUUGUUCCACAUCAUGCUUUGUAUGGUAGUUCUUCGCCAUCUGGUCACAGUCUGGGCCCGCCACAUGCUCAAGGCUUUACUUUGCCACACCCAUUUCACCAGGGUUCCGCAUCAUUCCACCACCAGACUCUCGCCCACCUGCACUACCAGACACUUGCUCAACGAACCAGCCAGACUCUGCCCCCCAUUCAGUACCAACCUCACGGCGGAUCACACCCCCAAUCUCAACCUCCCUCUUCUACACUUCCCCCGCCAUCCAGUCACAUGUUUUGAUUUGUUUUUUUCUUUUGCGCGCGUGUUUCUUUGGAGUUUGGUUCGCUUGACAGCGUCACACGGUGGCGUUUGCAUCUGA